UCCGCGAAGAUGGGGUUCAUGGGGGCCAAGCUGUUCCCGUCGUGCGAGAGCAUGUGCGUGUGCUGCCCGGCGCUGCGCCCCAGCUCGCGCCGCCCCGUCAAGCGCUACAAGAAGCUGCUCGCCGAGAUUUUCCCCAAGACCCCCGAGGGCUCUCCAAAUGAGAGGAAAAUCAUGAAGCUGUGUGAAUAUGCUGCCAAGAACCCCCUGCGUAUUCCAAAGAUUGCCAAGUUUCUGGAACAGAGGAGCCGCAAGGAGCUGCGCGCUGCUCAUGUGAACUACGUCAAAAUUAUCACUGAAGCCUACAGCAAGUUACUCUUCAUUUGUAAGGAGCAGAUGGCAUAUUUCGCUGUCAGCCUGGUGAACGUCCUAACUGACCUUCUGGAAAGCAAGCAAGAGAACAUUCAUAUUCUUGGAUGUCAAACUUUAGCCAAGUUCAUUUACAGCCAGGUAGACCACACAUAUGCACGGAACAUUGAAGGCUUGGUCUGCAAAGUGUGUGCACUUUCACGGCAACAGGGAGCGGAGCAUAAGCUUCUGCGGGCAGCAAGCCUGCAGUGUUUAUCAGCAAUGAUCUGGUUUAUGAAGGAACAUUCAUACAUAUUUGCUGAGUUUGAUGAGAUGGUGCAAUCAGUCUUGGAAAAUUACAGGAUGGAGGAAGCUGCUGGUGACGAUGACAGACAAGCAUCACAACAUAAUUGGGUUGAUGAGAUAGUCAGGCGUGAGGGUAGAGUUGGCUUAGGUGGAGUUAAUGAUGUGAAUAUCCGUGGUUCAAGUGCUACUGUUAGACCGCGGUCAGCAAGGGAUUCUUCAGCUCUGACCAGGGAGGAGCGUGAAUGCCCAGUCGUAUGGUCGCAUAUUUGCGUUGAGAAGCUUGCAGAACUGGCCAAAGAGAGUACAACUAUGCGGCGCAUCCUAGAUCCAAUGCUUUCUUACUUUGAUAUGAAGAAACAAUGGGCUCCUCGGCAUGGACUGGCUUUACUUGUCUUGUCUGAUAUGUCUUGUCCAGGGAAGAGUUCAGGCAACGAACAAUUGAUUUUGACUGCUGUCAUCCGGCACCUGGACCACAAGAAUAUUUUGCAUGAUCCUCAGACCAAAUCUGAUAUUAUUCAGACAGCAACAUCUUUGGCACAACAGCUGCGAUCACAAGGUGUUGUUCCUGAACUUGCAGUAGCAGGUGACUUGUGCAGGCACUUGAGGAAAACACUAGAGGCCUUGGAGUCAGCCAGUGUUGAGGAGCUGAACCUGAAUGAGUCUCUUCAAAAAUUCCUGGAGGGCUGUCUUCUUGAAGUUGUUAGAGGAGUUCAUGAUGUGAGGCCACUCUAUGACAUGAUGGCAAUUACGUUGGAGAAUUUGCCUUCUAUGCCUGCUGUUGCAAGAGCGAUUAUUGGCAGUUUGCUGAUACUUUGCCACAUAAUCUCUUUAACAUCAGUAUCUUCAAACUCUCCUAUGCAGGUGUUUCCAGAAGCACUCCUCCAGCAGAUACUGAAGUCCAUGGUACAUCCAGAUGCAGACACUCGUGUCGGGGCGCAUCACAUAUUUUCCGCUGUUAUUGCCCAAGAUCCAAGCCAUCAGAGGGGUGACUCAGAGUACCUAUAUGAAACAAAAAAGUGGCAGUCUCGAGCUACAUCAGUAUUUGCUUCAGCUACUGCUUUACUUGAGAAGUUAAGGAGAGAGAAAGAAUGUUUAUGUUCAGAUAAGCCUGGAAAUACGAUGCAUGAUGAUGGAAAGGAAAGAAACAUGCAUGAAGAGGAUAAUAAACAUGUUUGGGCACGGAAAAGUCCAGCGUAUUUUUCAAAGUUGGUCUUCUCUUUCGUCGAUCGAUGGGCAACACUAACUAAUUCUGCAGAGGAAACCAAGAUCGUCCUGUUGACUGAAGAUCAAACAAAUCAAUUGCUGUCUGCGUUCUGGAUACAAGCCACUCAGACUGAUAACAGUCCUUUUAAUUAUGAGGCGAUUGGUCACUCGUACAGCCUCACGGUUAUUUCUUCCCGCCUUAAGAAUUCAAGAAACAGUAAUAGCAUUCAGUUCUUCCAGUUGCCUCUGUCCCUCCGAAGUAUUGCCUUAACCCCAAAUGGGGACCUGUCCCCUUCUUGCCGGCGGUCUAUUUUUUUCUUAGCGACCAGUAUGCUUGCUUUUGCUGGAAAAGCCUGUCAUGUUACCGAAUUGUCAGAGUUGCUAAGGUGUUUUACAGCAUCCAAUAUUGAUUCUUAUCUAAGAAUUGGUGAAGACUUGCAACUCUAUGUAAGGUUGCAGUCGGAUUUUGGCAACUAUGGUUCUGAAAGCGAUCAAGGCGUUGCUAGAUCUAUACUUUCUGAUUGCAGGAAGAAAGUGGGGAUAAAUGACCAGCAGGUGCUUGAUGUAAUUGCUGGCGCACUUUCUAAUUUAACUGAGAAGGAUAAGAAUGUACUGGUGAAGGAGCUAACAGAGAUGUUUACUCCUGAAGAAGUGCCCUUGUUUGGGUCGAAUUCUGGCCUUGACUGGGCCAACUUUCAUGCACAGGCAUUCUCUGAUGAAUCCCUUUCUUUUGAUGAGGAGUGUUCAAGAACCUCUUCGGUAGAUGGUGGAUUCCACGAGUCACCAGUUACAAACACUGCUAGCUCCAUAUCCAAGAUUACUCUACCGCAAUCUGCUCCCUGUGUCUUGGGUGUUGGUCAGUUGCUUGAAUCGGCGCUACAUGUAGCUGGCCAGGUUGCAGGUGCAUCUGUUUCUACCUCUCCCCUCCCGUACGGCACAAUGACUAGUCAAUGCGAGGCCCUUGGAUCAGGCAGUAGGCAGAAGUUAUCAAGCUGGCUUGUGAAUGGCCACAGCUCGACCCCAGACAAUCCUGUGCCAAGCCUUCCUGCUUCCCAGCAUUUCAUUACUCCCAAGGUAAAAUUGUCUGAUUUUGAGAUCAACCGCACGUCAUCAGAGCCAUGCUCGAUGGUGAAGCUUCCACCCGCCAGCCCCUUCGACAACUUCCUAAAGGCGGCUUAUCGCACCCAGCAGGAGAUGUGAUCUGCCUUGGGGGGAUCGCAGCUAACCAUGUCGAGAAGAGCGUUAGACUUUAGUAUCUUAGCAUUGAGAUCUAGUUUGUAUUAAAAGACUUGGCUGCCUAGCUGCAAGUAACGUGGUAUGUUAGUUGAUGUAGCGUAUGUAUGAUCCUGUGUAUCUAUCUCUAUGUAAGCGUGUGUGAUCAUGUGUAUCUCGAAGUACUAGAUGUCUGUAACCUAGAUGUUAUGUAUGUUGUCUGUAGGGAGAGAAAACAUGUACUGCAAACUUAUUAUGUAGUCUACCAGUACUAAUGUUAUGGCCUAUGAGCAUC